AUGCCUCGAUCUAAAGCUAUGACCGGACCUCGGUUUGAACAAACCGACUUCGACCUUCAGCCUCAACCUCUGUCAGCAAUAGAAAUGAUACACGAAGAGGCCGUCCGGUGGACACAUGACCGUAUCGUGGCCUGCGAUGGUGGUGAUGGCCCUGCUGGCCACCCUCGAAUUUUCAUCAACACCGACAAACCUGAAAUCGCGACGUGCAACUACUGCGGUAUUCCCUACGCCAAUGAGCACCAUCGAAAGCACCUAGAGUCCCUCCCGAAGACGUCGUAUCCCUUAUCAUGA